CCACUGCCCUGCUUUCUCUCAGAUUAGUUCCAAUUGGGCGGAAUGUAAAAUAUUUAAAACCAGACACUAACUGCACAAGUGCGUUUACAAAAUAGUUUCAUAAUAUUAUGUUUACAUUGAGGCCCUUAAGUAUAUUGGGGACUGCCUGAGUGUUAUUCACUUGAACAAGAAAACUCCAGCGCACUUUGGCAAAGUGUUUGUUUUAGAACUGGCUCCAGAGCCAGCAAAGGGGCUGAGUUUGUCAUAGACAGCAGUUUCAGUCCCGGGAAAAGAGAGAACAACAAGAUUGGAGUCUAAUCGUUUUCAGGAUUUCAGAAUCUCCCCCAGUAUUUUGAGAGGUUGUGAAAUGUCGCAGCGGCUGGUCCUCGGUCUCCUGGCUGUCUGGGUGGUCCGGGUAACGGCAAGCAACUGUGAUAAUCCAGGAGAGAUUCUGAAUGGGUAUUAUGAGGCCAAUGCUACUACACUGGGGAGUAAAGCUGUGUUUUAUUGUGACAAUGGUUAUCGGAUUGUUGGUAGAAACUACCGCAUGUGUGAGGCCAGCGGGUGGACUGGCCAGGUCCCAACAUGUGAAAGUUUUAAUCCUUUAUGCAGAAAUUUCUCCAAUCAACAUUUUUAAAGAAAUGAUUGCAGUGGGACGUCAAGUCAUUAACAAGGAAGAAAACAUAAUUAAGGCAAAAUAUCAGCUUCUUGAAAGUGAACGUGAAAUUCUUAGGCUGAAGGAAAAUCUUCUUGACAAAGCAGAGCAGUAUGUGGAUGAAAACCGUAAUGUUUAAAAUUUCCUAAACUGUAACCAAAAUCAUACCAGUUUCAAUUAAUAAUCCAAUAUUGUAUAUCAAAAUCAUAAUCACAUUAAAGAACUCAAAUUAUAAGUUUGUGAUGUUAAUCUGUUCUAAUUAAUUGUAAUAUUAGAAUUUAUGUUAUUGGAAAUGUUUGUAUUUCUCUAUAUGGGCUAAAUAGAAUCAUUGGGAUGAACUUAACAAAAAUGAGGAAUGUGCAGAAAGAAUGCUUUGUUUUUUUUUAAAUAAAAUUUUGUGUAUGUUUAUAAUGCUCUAAUUUCAUUU